GGUCGAGAGAGGGGGACGCGUGCAACUGUUUUCGAUAAUCGGCCGCGCGUUCCGUACGUGAAAAUCGGACAGUUCACAGCCAGUCACGUCUGCGUAAAAACGGAUAUAUGCCCAGAAUAUUUAUUAAGUGGGUGGCUGUGCGUGACUUUUCCCCUGUGAAUAGCUAUCCCCGUAAAUGAUCGGUCGCGAAAAUAGAGCGGUUUGUUUGAUAACUGAAAAGCAGCGCCGCCGAAAACUCGCAUCACGCGUGAGCGCGAGCGAAUAUUGAACUUUUCCGAAAUGUUUCAAGUUUGAGAACUCUACAAGAGCCGAGUUAUCCCGGUAGUUUUGUGUGUUGGACAUAAUUUUUUAUUCAUAUUGGACUGACGAAAUGUGUGUGCACGCGAAAAGAACUGUCAAAUAGGACUGAUUCUUGUUGAAGUAGUGUGUGAGCAUGUUGCCAUAUCAAGCGGUGGCUAUGGACUACGUGACGGGGUUUCCGCACCACCAGCGGCCCGGGGGGCUGCCCGGGGUGAUGGGCCUGCCCGGGCCGGGGCCGGGGCUCAACCCGGGCUUGAACACUGCCUUCACCCAUUCCUGGUUCGUACAGACAAGCCCGGAUAUCUGUCGGCAGCAACAAGCAUCCAACCAAUCGCAUCUCGAACCUGGGUAUUCGUGGCCCUUGCAAGGCGAAACUGAUGGAAUUUGCAUCCUCGAACUCCGAAAAGAGAAAAGCAGAGAUGCGGCUCGCUCACGGCGCGGGAAGGAAAACUACGAGUUCUACGAGCUAGCGAAGAUGCUGCCCCUCCCAGCUGCUAUUACCAGCCAGCUGGAUAAAGCCUCCAUCAUCAGGCUGACCAUCAGCUACCUGAAGCUAAGGGAUUUCUCCGGACAUGGUGAUCCGCCGUGGAGCAGGGAUACUCCGCCGACUAGCAAGGCUUUGAAAGGUGCUCAAAACAGAAGAACGGGGGUUGGAAUGGCGAUGGAGUUAUUUGAGCAGCAUCAAGGCACUCAUAUUCUUCAGUCUCUCGACGGAUUCGCGCUGUCUGUAGCCGCGGACGGGAGGUUCCUGUACAUAUCUGAAACUGUGUCUAUAUAUUUAGGAUUAUCACAAGUAGAAAUGACUGGUAGUAGUAUAUUCGACUACGUGCAUCAAGCUGAUCAUGCAGAAAUAGCGGAGCAGCUAGGGCUGUCUCUCGCGGGGAGAGGAGGGGCGGGGUUGAAUAGCCCAGCUUCGGGGAGUGAAGAGGGAAGCCAGCAUGGUACUAACAACCCUGAUGUAUCAGCACAAAUGACGUUAGCAGCGAGCGGUUCCCUGUACCGCGGUAUGGAUAGAGCCUUCUGUGUUAGAAUGAAGAGCACUUUAACAAAGCGAGGAUGCCACUUCAAGUCAUCUGGAUACAGGGUGGUGCUCAUGCUCUGCAGACUACGACCGCAAUACACCUUCUCACACAGUCGGAAGUCGCCCCCAUCACUCUUAGGGAUGGUGGCGCUGGCGAUCGCACUCCCACCACCAUCAGUUCACGAGAUUAGACUGGAGUCUGAUAUGUUUGUUACGAGAAUCAACUUCGACUUUAGGAUAGCCCACUGCGAGCCCAGCAGGGUACAAGAAUUGCUCGGAUAUACAGCAGAAGAAUUAACGGGCAAGAAUAUGUAUGCACUGUGCCAUGGAGAGGACGCCAACAAACUAAGAAAAUGCCAUGUAGAUUUAAUGAACAAAGGGCAGGUCCUGACGCACUACUAUAGAAUAAUGAACAAGCUCGGCGGCUACACCUGGAUGCAGACAUGUGCUACCGUCGUCUGUUCCUCCAAGAACGCUGAAGAACAAAAUAUUAUCUGCGUCAAUUAUGUUAUUAGUGGUCGAGAGUAUCCAAACACAGUAAUGGAUUGCUGUCAACUAGAAGAAAGUGUACAAGGUGUGAAGAGAGAAGAAACUACUGGGGAUCCAGAAAAUGGUCCUCCAGAUGCUGAUGCUCCGGGAGCACCUCCCCCUACAGCGAGACAUGCAAAUGAAAGAACUGAAGCUCCAUCCAAUAACGAUUCCGCAUCAACCGCCCCACCAACGUCUGACGUCACACACCUUACCAGACUCAGUGACACUCAACCCAUACCCCUUCACACAACUCCAGAAAGAACUUCCCCAAUGCCUGCUCGAAGACUGAAGAAACGAAAGCACACUACAGAAGAAGAUGAAGCUGACAGAGAGGAAGAAAGACGGAAGAGCUCUUCAAAUCCAGGCGCAACUAUAUCUCCAGUUGAACGAGAUAUGACCAAAACGUCCCUUGCUAUGCCCGAAAAUACAGACGCGACUUCAGUAAGGGAUCUAGAAAAUGCCAUGUCUAAACAUUUACCCGCAUUAGAUGGCAAAGAAAUUUCUCACCGCCCAACAGAUUUUUCAACGGAUGCUUUGCUCAAACAACAGCAACAGAAGUCGACUAUACAGUGGAUAGGAACACAAAAUCAUCCUCUGAAUCAUCUUAAUAGACAAAUACCUGGAAAUCAUUCGUCCACACCUGCAUCCGCAUUACUCAGACAAUUAUACGCUAACAGAGAAAGUGUUAUUAGAAGCAAUUUCUUAGGAGAUGCGAGAACGGGCGGAUAUUAUUCCGGCGACGGUCAGUCUGGACCUCUACCCACACCUCCAGGAAGCGAAGGAUCGGGGUACGGCGAACAAUUGGGACACAAAGGCACCGAUAUAGGUUCCUUAGCGUAUGGGAGUUACGCAGACUAUCAUUCCGCGAUGACCCCACCGGGUUCGGUUUCACCUCGAGACAAACAACAGUACGCGCUGCCAUACGAUAAUAACGCGUAUUCCGAAGCGCUAAGGCACUCCUAUUUGAGUGACACCACAUUGCCAUUGAAACCUCAAGCGUAUUCCGCUGUCCCUGGCGCAUUAGACUAUGCGUCAUCGUUGGACCAGUCGCAGUUUUUCCACCCGGCACCAUCGUUCCAUCUCUAUCACCCGCAGGCGCACUCCGCUCACCCGUCUCACUCGCACCAACCAGUAGACAAAUCAGCUCCACCAAAUACUAAUUGGUAUUCAGCUAGCUCAUAGCUAUAUUGAUGACAAACUUUCACAGUAGCGUCCGAAUACAUUCCCAAUAUGUUGGUCUGUCGACCAAACUCGUUUAUGACUCUAUAAAAUCGUGGUUGUGUAAAUAAUUUAUUUUAUAACAUUCCAAUUUAGAUAUAAUUUACGGAAAGACUUCGUCAAUACUCAUGUGAAGAACUGCGGCGGUUUUGCAGUGACUAUGGUUAAACGAAUAAUGGAUAAAAUUUUACGAGAUUUUUCUUUACACAAUUAGUAGGUAAAUGAUCGCUACACGAGUAGCCAUUACCCGUAUAGUAUUGGCUA